CUUCCGUGUCGGCUAACGUGAACUAGCUCGCUGUGACAGCCUCAGUGACACCGGUCGAGGUGUUUCCACCUGCAGCUUCUAAACGUCGUUCCGGUGUUGAAGUCAGACAGGGGCAACUCCGAAACUCAGCGUCCACAGCGGGGUCCUGUCUGUCGACUUGAAGCUCCCUCACCGCCCCUUGGUUCUACCCGCUGAUCUCGUCCUUAACUCGGCCAGGUGUUGCCUCCUCCAGCCCCAUUGUGGAUCUUUAGCCCCUCCGGCAGGACAGUGGCAGAGCCAGAGCCAGACCCAUCGGGGACCAGACCAGCAGGCAGCAGGGCUCCAUGAGUGCGACGGGGCAGCAGCAAGGGGGGGGCCUGCGUUCUCGCCGAAGCCUUGGCCGGGAGAAGGAACCCGGGCAGGGCAUGGGCAUGGAGGCGGCCUGCUGGCUGGCCCCCGGAGUGCUGCGCAGGCUUAUCGAGCUGCCCUCACCCCCCCUGUCCCGACACCAGCUCAAGAGACUCGAGGAGCACAGGUACAGCAGUGCUGGCCGCUCCCUGCUGGAGCCUCUGAUGCAGCGCUACUGGGAGUGGUUGGUGGGACGAGUCCCCUCCUGGAUCGCCCCAAACCUCAUCACCAUCAUUGGCCUCGCCACCAAUGUCUUCACCACCCUCGUGCUCGUCUACUACUGCCCCACUGCCACCGAACAGGCUCCUCUCUGGGCGUACCUGCUCUGUGCCGUGGGUCUGUUUAUCUACCAGUCACUUGAUGCCAUCGACGGGAAGCAGGCCAGACGCACCAACAGCAGCUCUCCACUGGGGGAGCUGUUUGACCACGGCUGUGACUCCCUCUCCACCGUGUUUGUGGUGUUGGGAACCAGUAUAGCCGUUCAAAUGGGAACCAACCCAGACUGGAUGUUCUUCUGCUGCUUCGCCGGGAUGUUCAUGUUCUACUGCGCCCACUGGCAGACAUACGUGUCAGGAACUCUGCGCUUCGGCAUGUGAGUCAACAACAACACCACCCCCCGCUUUUUUAAGCUAGAUAUCUUAGGAGUACCGAUCCAGUUCUUAGCAUGUCUGAGUGACGUUCAUUAUCCGAAACUUCUAAAUACAUUUUGUCAUAAUUAGGGCUGUCAAAACAACGCGUUAGUUUGAUGAGAAGUGAAUUGUUACUUUCACUCUCUCACUUUUGAUAACAUGAAAAAAGGAGUCACAUUAAAAUGUGGACGCUUAAAGGGACAGGCAGCGGAAAUUAGCAUUUGCUAUAAAUGCUGUGGAGCAGUGCAUUGGUAAAGUGUUGUUCAGUUCUCCGUGUAUACUGCAUCAAUAUCUGCCAAAUAAACCAGAGAAGAAGAGGAUAAAACCAGGUGGAAACAGAGUUAUGCAGUAAAUCUACCUUUAAUGUAAUCAUUCUCAUUUUACCGAUAUAUGCAAAUAAUUGUUUA